AUGGCCAGAAAUGGCACAAAAAAGGGUAGGAUUAGUUGGAAGCAAGAGAGUGUUGACAAAACAUUUCUUGAAGCAUGUAUUGUAGAAGUAACACUCCAUGGCCGUGAAGGAAGCAGCCUUAAACAAAGCUCAUGGAAGAAAGUGGCGGAAAAGUUGAAAACCGAACACAAUUUCAUAGCGGAUCAAAAACAAAUGAAGAACCGCUAUGAUUAUCUAAAAUCAAAAUUUGCUGCUUGGUCAAAGCUUAAGAACAAAACUGGCAACGUUUAUAAUCCUGUAACAAACACCUUUAACUUGUCAGAAGAAGAAUGGCAACUAGAGAUAAAGUCAAACAAAUACGUAGAAGCUUUGAGAAGCGUGCCACUUUCUUUCCCCGAGCUUUGUGUUCAACUGUUUGAGGGAUGUACUUCGAACGACUUUGACAGUUGGGGGCCAUCUUCUACACUUCCUCAUCCUUCUGAGGAAAUGUUUGACCACAAUUUAAAUGGUAUUGAGGAUAUUGAGUGCGGUCAAAUGGAACCCCCAACUCAAGGUUUUACUGAGGAGGCAUCCGGUCGCUCUAAAAAAAGGAAGAAACGAAAAGAUAAGGCAACAAUAGAUGAAGUUGGGGACUGCAUUACUAUGGUGGCAAAGACUUUGAUAGAGAAACAUAAUCUUUCUAAUGAUAUUGAUGUAUGCAUGGAGAAGUUGGAGACAAUGGGAUGGGGAGAGUUAGAUGUGAAAUAUCAAACAGCACUUUUGCUUUUUGGUGAAAGUGCGGAUAUUAGGAAAGUGUGGUUACGACUUCAGCCGCAAAGUUGUGAGCUAUGGGUCAAGAAUGCUGGAGCAAAGUAUGGAUUGAUCGGAUAGGGUUUUGUGGGUGUCAUGUUAUGGAUGUUUUAUGCAUAGGGUUUUGU